AUGGGCGAGGGUGAGAGCUCGCAACAAGGCAGCGCGCAUGGCGGCGACACGCCGACCAUGACGGCCACCGGCGGCGAGACGGCGCGCAGACGAGUGCAGCCCGCCAUCCAGACGGCAGGCUACGGUAGGGCUCCGCGAUAUGGCGCGUCCGCAGAGACGAGCACGCAGGGAGCUGACCAUGGCGCAGGCUCCAUCACAUCCAGCAUCGACCGCCGCCAGCAGAACAGCCCGUCCGAGGCCCAGGCGUCCAAGCCCAAGAAGCCCGCCAUGGGCCGGCGCACCUCGUCCAAGUUCCCGCACAAGGGCCAGGAGUUCAGCGUCGACGACGACGUGAACGAGGUCGAGCUGCGGCUCAAGCAGCAGCAGCGCCUGGGCCCCACGCUGCGCCGCAAGCCAUCGACCGUCCGCCGCCGGACCGCCGCACAGGGCCCGGCCCUCACCACCAUCGAGGCCAUAGACGACGAUGCAGUCGAGCCAGAGCGGGCUGCCACACCGCCGCCCGCAGACCCACAGCCCGUGUCGUCGGGCGAAGAGACGAUACGCGUCGAAGACGACGACGACAGCGGAACCCCCGACGAUGACGACGACGACGGCGAGCUGAGCGAUGCAGAGAGCUUCACCCUGCGAGACCGCCAGGACGCCAUCAACGUGACCCAUCCCUUUGGAAUCAGGAUCUGGAAGCCCGCCCUCUACAAAAAGGGCCGCUCCGUCCAGCGCAACGCCGAGGCCGACAUCCACUCGUCUCCAGGACUCCAUGUUAGCAACUGGCUGUUCCUCUUCAACUUUGCCUGGACGCUCGUCUUUGGCUGGUGGCUGGCGCUGGUGGCUGCUGCUGGAGGGGUGCUUUGCAUCCUACUUGGCUUCAACGAAAGCUGCAGGGAGUACGCCCAGCUACUCUUCCAUCUCUCCGUCUACCUGUUCUACCCCUUUGGCAGGUACGUCAAGCUGAUACAGGACGAGCAAUACGCCGAAGAAGACGAGGGCGAGGGUCGCAGCAUCAGCGAGUACGAGCAGUGGCAAACGGGUGACAUUGAAGAGGGACGGCUGUUCUUUGGACCUACUACUGGUAAUAGCACCCUUGUGGGCCGUCGGCGCAACAGUGUUGACUCUACAGGCGGCGAGACAACAAGCCUACUCGGACGAGAUGGCCGAGCCAGCAUUAUUCACUCCGACACUGCCAAAACAAAGCGGAGGCUGUUUGGUCGCGGGACGUGGAACCUUGGCCGCGUCGUCUUCUUCAUCUACUUCUACGGCCUCUUGACACCUGCCCUCUUUCUCGCCUCAGCAUUGUCUUGGUUUCUUGUCUUCACCAUUCCCAUGGGUAGAGUGACACUUCUGCUUUUUGAUCAUCUGCAGCGUCAUCCUCUAGCUCUCUCCUUCCAUUCUGACAACGGCAAUGUGCGCCGUCUAGGCGAGUCGUCCCAAAUUCUCCUGUGCACCUACCGUGCAGUAGGUACCAAGUAUUGGAAGUACACCAUUGACGGAACGAACAUCUUCCUGAUCAAUCUCCUUGCCUUGGUGGCCUUCACCAUCUUCGACUACUUCGUUUUGGCCGAGAUGAUGGGUCUCAAGAUCUGGCUAACGGAUCAGUUCCUCCUCUUUGUCCUUGCUUUGUUGUCAAUCAUUCCUUUGGCAUACUUCAUUGGCCAAGCAGUUGCUUCGAUUUCCGCUCAGUCAUCUAUGGGUGUUGGAGCAACCAUCAAUGCCUUCUUCUCCACCAUUGUCGAAGUAUUCCUGUACUGUGUGGCGCUAAAACAGGGCAAAGCAAAGCUUGUCGAGGGCAGUAUCAUCGGGAGUAUUUUCGCGGGUAUUCUUUUCCUCCCAGGUCUCUCCAUGUGUUUCGGUGCUCUCAAGCGCAAGACUCAACGAUUCAAUGUCAUGUCAGCUGGUGUGACGUCCACUAUGCUCCUCUUCGCCGUCAUUGGUGCAUUUGGGCCAACCUUGUUCUACCAAAUCUACGGAAGCCAUGAACUGAACUGCCACCAAUGUAUUCAUCACCAUGACAAUUCUCCAGCGGAAAGAGACUGCAGAAGAUGCUACUACUCACAAACACCAGCGUUACAUGACCGCUUCUACAACGAAGCUGUCAAGCCAUAUACCUGGUUUGCAGCUGCUAUGCUCUUCUUCUCGUACCUUAUCGGAUUGCUAUUUACUCUGCGAACUCAUGCCGCGACAAUUUGGAGCAACGAGCCGGAAGAGAAGGAGAAAAAGCACAUGGAUCUCAGCCACAGUACCCUCAGUGCCAGCGGCUACCUCGAUUUCCCCCACUCAACACUAUCCAGACAAGCGACUGGUCAGUCUGUCUCCCGUGCACAUAUACGAGAGAGUCAAUUGUACAAGCGUAUUGUCGGCCAGACUCUGCAUGAAGUUGGGCUUGGGCUUGAUGAUGAGUUGUCAGAACAAAGACCAAAAUCAGCCGGACAGACCCCACACGUUGUGCCACCCAAAGACAGUGACGAGCGUCCGCACUCGUCUUUCCAUGUUGAAGGCAUGUCGGACGAAAACAGUGAUGCGCUGAUCCGCCAGAUCACCCAAAUCGCUGCGACCACUACAGCCCUCGCCACUCGCGACGUCACUAAGGCACCGCACAAGGCUGCCCGAAUGGCCAACACGCCGGUCAAAGGCCACGUUGAGCGCCCGGCCAACACGCGAACCACAACUGCAGUUCCAGAAGAACACGAUGUGGCAGCUGGUCACGCAGCCGGUGGACACGACGCGCCCAACUGGAGCCGGCAGAAGAGUGCUGCGAUCCUCAUGACCGCCACUCUUGCAUAUGCCAUCAUUGCCGAGAUUCUGGUCAACACUGUCGACGCCGUACUGGAGGGCUCGGACAUUGACGAGAAGUUCCUAGGUGUCACGCUAUUUGCUCUUGUCCCCAACACCACUGAGUUUCUGAACGCCAUAUCCUUCGCUAUGAACGGCAAUAUUGCGCUCUCCAUGGAAAUUGGUUCCGCGUACGCUCUGCAAGUCUGCCUGUUGCAGAUCCCUGCCCUUGUCUUCUACAGCGCUGUGCACGCCCUGAACAUUCCCGCAGACCAAGUCGCAUACCAAACUUUCACCCUCAUCUUCCCGCAAUGGGACAUGGUAACAGUAAUCCUCUGCGUCAUCCUCCUCACAUACAUGUACGGCGAGGGAAAAAGCAACUACUUCAAAGGCUCCAUCCUCAUCCUCUCCUACCUCGUCGUCAUCGUCGGCUUCUACCUCUCUGGCUUCAACGACUACGAGCGCAUGGGCGUCGAUCCUACGGAUACCUUGGCCCUGGGUGGCCUCGUGCAACGCGAGUUCCAAUCCAUGAGUUUUAAGACUCCGGGGAGGGGACGCAGUGGGAGGGCGUAUUGA